AUGGACAUACAAACACAACAAUCGUAUUACUACGCUAAUCGUCCAUCUGUAGGGUCCGGCGUUCAGAACAAUCGUCUACAUGGUAAUAACCGGAACCGGUCCAGGUCCCCUGGGAUGAUUGGAGCAGCAGGUAGUCGACAUGCCGCCCGACGUCGUGCCUCACUUGUUUCCAAUACCGCCCUUCCGUCCCACUUUACGGCCCUACCCGGCAUGCCGGAAGAGGAGCCACAAGUACGGGUGGCGAGGAGGAGGGUGGUGGAUAAUUCUGAUUUACGACAAUGUGCCCUGUUACAAACCAGAUUAAAGGAGAUCAAGUCAUAUCCAGAAUUGAUAAGUCAACGAAACCACAUCAUCAAAUGGCAAAUUAAGAGCAAUUUCACAAUAUUCUUAUUCUGUGUUCUAACUGGGUCAUACAGUAUUAACAGUGGUAGUUUUUAG